AUGGUGAAACCAUCAUCUCCAACACCUCAACAUCUUCGUCGCUACAAUCUCUCGUUCCUCGACCAGAUCACUCCCCAAGUCAACAAUUCUAUGGUCUAUUUCUUCGAUGCCGAUGAUGUCGCAAACAAAUUCAAUAUCAACGACGUUUCCGACCUCCUCAAGAAAUCAUUGUCUCAGCUCUUAACUCACUACUACCCACUCGCCGGAAGACUCAUCAACAAGAACUUGAUCGUUGACUGCAACGAUGAGGGUGCCCCUUACAUAGAAACUAGAGUCAGUUGCCACCUCAGCCACGUCAUCACCGACAACCCUUCUCCUGCCGACGUCAGAAAACUGCUUCCUUUUGAAAUGGAUGAAGCCGUCGACACAGUCCUCGGAGUCCAAGUCAACGUCUUUGAUUGCGGCGGAAUCGCCAUCGGUGUUUGCAUCUCCCACAAGAUCGCCGACGCGCUGUCGUACUUCCAGUUCGUCAAGACCUGGGCUGCCGUGACACGUGGCGAACAAGAACCGAUUAGAACCCACUUCCAAUCAUCCACGCUCUUCCCACCAAAAGACGUGUCAGGAUACGACCCGGAUUCUCUCGUCGCGAAGGACAAAAUAGUGUGCAAGAGAUUCGUGUUUGAGGCAUCCACGAUAGAAUCUCUAAGAGCGAAAUACUCCGAGAAGAUGACAAAUGUUCUGGGAGGUCAUCAGAAAUCUCCUUCACGAGUUGAACUGUUGUCAACUUUCAUAUGGACGAGGUUUCUAGCAGCCACUAAGGAAGAAUCAGGAAGCAAGAAAAAGAUUCAUUUAGUCGCAUGGACAGCGAAUCUACGGCCAAGAAUGGAGCCUCCAUUACCGGACUAUGCCUUCGGCAACUACUACUGGCCAAUGCGAACGCUUCCAACGUUAGACGAGAAAGGAGAAUGUCACGACCUAGGAUUGAAGUUAAGAGAAGAGGUAAAUAAAAUCGACAAUGAUUUUAUUGUGCAGCUUCGAGAAAGUCAACAAUGGAACCCUGAACAGAAGAGAGAAGAAAUGGUGAGAUCAAUCGGCAAUAAUGUUCAGCCUGCGGCUUUUGCAUUUACUUCGCUGUGUAGGUUUCCAGUCUACGAGGUUGAUUUUGGUUGGGGAAAUCCCAUGUGGGUGGGACCGCCUACGUGGAAAUUUAAGAAUGUGGUUACUCUAAAAGACACCAAGUCAAGUGGUGGCAUUGAAGCUUACGCCAGUCUUGCCGAGAAGGACAUGGCUAAAUUUGAACACGAUGAGGAAUUUCUGGCAUAUGUUUCUACCACGGGGUUAAAGUGA